UUUGGCUGGUAGAAAAGAAAAUCCACUAGCCACUUUGACCCAUUGGUGAGUGUGUGUUUGGCUGGUAAUAUAAACAUCUACUAGCCAUUUUGGCUGGUGAUGCAAAAAGUUAAUUAAGAUCCCUCUUAUCAUUCAUCCUCCAGCCAUCCUUUUUUCUUCUCUUUCCAUGUGUGUGGUCCUCUCCCCUACCCAGAUGGAGUUUGCCUGUAGUCAUGUGGUGUGCAACUGGACAUCUGGCACUACUAUGGUAACAGGUCUGUCCACUGCAUCGCCUGACACCUCAAGGGGCUCUAGGGUUUGCACUCCACUCCCAAGAACUCGCUCGGUCAAUGAUCAUGACUAUGACAACCGCAUCGCUGUCAUCCCCAGACCAGCGCAGGCGUUGGUGCCCCCGCCUGUCCCCCCACGCCACUUUGGUGACUCUACAGCAGUGAAGCAGCCGGAGGCCGCCACAGGCCCUCCCCCGGUCCCCCCACGAGGGGUGGAGGGGAAUGGAGCGAGUCCCAUCAAAGCCAAUGUCAACGUUAUGCUGAUAAGCGUGGGCCAGUUAGUAGACAUCAGUAAAGCCAGCGCCAUCCAGAGCAGCCAAAAACCUGUAUACUGUGCAAAAUGCAGAGCUGUCAUGUCAACAGUUAGCACUUUGCAAAGCCAACGGACUACCAAUGUGUGGUGCUGUGAGUUCUGUGGGAUGGCGAAUCCUCUCUCGGGCCCUGGCAUGAGGGUCAGUCGUCACCCCCAGCUCCAGCGCCACUGUCCAGGCCGAGACGUCAUCUACGUGGACGAGAACCACGGAGACUACGAGAACCUGGAGGACAUGCUGGUGGUGUUCUGCGUAGACGUCUCCGGAAGCAUGAGCGUCACCUCAGAGGUCACGCCUGGCAAUGCCAUGAGGUCACCAACAUACAUCUCACGACUACAGAGUGUGCAGGACGCACUUUUCAAGGCCAUGUCUUCUAUCCUCCAGAAGUCUCCACAUCGCAGAGUUGGCCUAGUGACAUUCAACGAUGAGGUGGCUGUGUAUGGUGAUGGCACCGGUGCUCCGGUCACCAUACGAGACUGGGCUCUUCUGGACUACGACCACCUGCGGGAACAGGGAGAGACCUGCUCCACCCCACACUGCAUUGCAGAGAGCCAGCAGUUCCUCACCAAGAGGGUGAAAGAGCUGCGUGAACACGGCGCGACAGCACUGGGUCCUGCUGCCCUUGUGUCUGUAGCUGUUGCCUCACAAUACCCGGGGUCAAAGGUAAUCAUCUGUACAGAUGGAUGUGCUAAUAUUGGUCUGGGCCAGUUGGAGCAGGACCAGAGUCAUGGUGCUGCCCCUUCCCCCUACUUUUACAGCCAACUAGCCAACUACGCAGCAGAAAAGGGGGUGAUUGUGUCUGUGAUGACAUUUGAAGGCGAGGAUUGCCGCCUUGCAGAGGUGGGAAGGCUGGCAGAUGUGACCGGGGGACGGAUCAAUAUCAUCAACACUGGAACGGUAUCUAUGGAGAUCCAGUCUGCUCUGGCUGACAACGUCUUGGCAACUAGAGUCAUGGCAACCCUGUUGGCUCCUGAUGGCGUCUAUUUCCCAUAUGAGGACGACCAGGCCCACAAGCUGUUGAGGGACAUUGGCAACGUGACUGACGGCUUGGAGAUCACCUUCCAGUUUGCUGUGAAACCUGACAAAGUGGAGAGUUUUCAGAGGAGGGAUAGGAUCCCCUUUCAGCUUCAACUGGACUUCAGGACACGGGACAUGGAGAGGGUCACUCGAGUCAUCACGCAGCAGAGAAGACUGACCACCAGCAGUUGGGUGUGGGCCGGCAGUCUGAACAUGAACGUGCUGGGAGUGCACUGUGCCCAGCUGUGUGCCAGACUCACCAUGGAGGGAAGAGUGCUGGAGGCUCAGAACUUACUGCACGCACACCAGGACCUGCUCAAGGACAUCAGUAAGCAGAGGCAGACCCCAAACCCCAAAGAAGAGAGUGUGUAUGGAAACUGGAUAAGCACUAUGAGCACCAUCUGUGAGGACCUCACUACCGACAAGAAGGAAACUAAAGAGACCAAAAGUCUGCAGGACCAUCCAUCCUCUCCAACCACAGAUCUCUCUGAUGAAGCUGCUAACGUUGUCUAUCAAAUGAAGAGGGCAAGGAGUGUCAGUGUGAAUAAGAAGAAGGCAGAAGCCAUGAACUGCUAACCAGCAAAUCACUGCUAAUUAGUAGGCAAGAAGACCAAAACUUGAAUGUAAAAAAGUACAAUUUCUCAAAACAUUUCAACUGUAACCAGCCAUGAGGGUCAUGGACAGAUGAACUAUGCUUUGUUAAGAUGCCGUGUUUCAAAGUGUUUAUAGAAAAUUGUCUGUUUUCCACUCUUCUGAACUGUUUUUGCUCUAAUGUAUGUGUGUGCAUUGUCUGACUGAUUACUUUAUGUUUCAUUGAGGCCAAAGGGGGUUAUAAUUAUAUUUGCAAGACAAAUAAAGACACAGCUUCAGUUUCAGUUUCAGUUUUGUGUCACUGUAGGCCAAUGUUCUGAGGCCAGGUUAAUGUUGACUUACCGGUAGGUUUAAACAAACUAAAGACUUUGUCUUAAAAUAAAACUUUUGACAGUUCAGGCUGUAUUGAUUUAAAGCACGACGCUUCAAUUGCAAUUGCUUAAUUCUUUCACCAGAGGAAAACUUUUAAUCUUUUAAUCAUUGACACAUGAUGUAAAU